ACACACACACACACACACACACACACACACAGAGAUGUCAGCAGAGUUUCUCAAUCUGUCACUUCGCUAGGUGGAGAGCGUUUGAUGGAAGGAAGGGGGAAAAACUCGGCCACGGCAAACAUGACUUUCUGACUGCUCCUGUCAACCUGACUUCCGAUGAAUGAACACACCGGAGACCGUGUUUUUGUUUGUUUUUAAACCGUCAUACCUGCCGUGGCCGUUUUUUAUUUGACAACUGUGGAACAACACCCACGAGCCCGGGUCAGAAGUUGCCAUGCUAACCGCCGUUAGCUGCUGCUACUUGACGUAGCUAUGCUCUCUCCGCCCGUGGAAAGAGCGGUGUUUUAGUUAGUUUAGCUACAAAUUAAGCGUUUGUUUUUUACUUUUUUUGGGACUAGUUUUCCUCUUCUCUUCUUUCUACACAACAAAGCUCUCAGUCUUGUCACAGCAAUGGGACUACACCCGCUGGAGUUCAGUGAGUGCUAUCUGGACAGCCCCAGCUUCAGGGAGAAGAUCAAGGCGCACGAAGCGGAGCUGGACAAGACCAACAGAUUCAUCAAAGAGCUGUACAAGGAUGGGAAGAACCUCAUCAAUGCAACCAAGCAGCUUGGUAUGGCGCAGCGAAAGUUUGCCCAGUGCCUGGGAGAGUUUCAGUUUGAGUACAUCGGAGACGCAAAGACAGACGAUGAAAAAUGCAUUGAUGAGUCUUUGCAAGAGUUCUCCUCAUUCCUCAAGAACCUUGAAGACCAAAGAGAGCUAAUGAUGAGAAACAUCACUGAAACCUUAAUGAAGCCCCUAGAGAAGUUCAGGAAAGAUCAUCUUGGUACAGUAAGGGCGGAAAGAAAGAAGUAUGAGAAAGAAACGGAGAAGUACUACAGUUCUCUGGAAAAGCUUCUGAAUAUGUCAGCAAAGAAGAAAGAGCCACAGCUACAAGAGGCAGACUGCCAGGUGGAAACCAUGAGGCAGCACUUUCAGGAGGAGUCACUGGACUAUGUGUGCAAACUGCAGGAGAUCCAAGAGAGAAAGAAGUUUGAAUGUGUGGAGCCGAUGCUGGCCUUCUUUCAGACAGUCUUCACCUUUUAUCACCAGGGUUUCGAGCUUGCCAAGGACUUUGACCAUUAUAAAAGAGCACUGCAGAUCAAUAUUCAGAAUACGAGGAGUCGAUUUGAGGGAGCGCGGUCAGAAGUGUACGAGCUGAUGAAAAGAAUCAAGGACACGCCUCAAGAAUACAGACAGACCAGCUCUAUCAGUUGCGAAGGCUACCUCUAUGUACAGGAAAAACGGCCACCUCCGUUUGGUUCAAGUUGGGUCAAACGCUACAGCACAUUUGUCAAAGAGCAGAAGAUCCUGCACAUGGUGACUUUUGACCACAGAUCUGGAGGGAAGAUUGGUGAGACGGAGUCUGUCACGCUCAAAUCCUGCGUCCGCAAAACGACAGACAUGUUGGACAGGAGGUUCUGCUUAGAACUCGACAUAACAGAUCGGCCAGGCACGGUGCUAACAGUACAGGCUCUGUCAGAGGAUGACCACAAGUUCUGGAUGCAGGCCAUGGGUGGGAAGGAACCUAUUGGACACUAUCUUGGGAGGACUUGGACUAAAGAAAGAGGAAUUGAUGCCCAGCUGGAUGACGUAGGUUUGAGUUUGGUGAAGAACUCCAUCAGCGCCAUAGAGACGAGAGGUAUUAAUGACCAAGGCCUGUACAGAGUUGUCGGGGUAAGCUCCAAGGUUCAGAAGCUCCUCUCAUUAAUGAUUGAUGAGAAGAGCAACGACGUGGAUCUCUCCACCAGCGAGGACUGGGACGUUAAGACAAUAACAAGUGCACUAAAGCUUUAUUUGAGGAGCCUUCCUGAGCCGUUGAUGACCUAUGGACUUUACAAAGAGUUUAUUAGCCCCGCGAAGGGCGGUAGUCCAGAGUCUCGCAUCCAAGGCGUCCACUGCCUGGUCCACAAACUACCGGAGAGGAAUCGACAAGUCCUCGGGCUGCUUAUGAAGCAUCUGGCCAAUGUGGCAGCUCACAGUAAACAGAAUCUGAUGACCGUGGCCAACCUGGGCGUCGUGUUUGGUCCCACAUUAAUGAGGCCACAGGAGGAGACGGUCGCUGCCAUCAUGGAUCUGAAGUUCCAGAACAUUGUGGUGGAGAUCCUCAUCGAACACCAUGAAAAGAUCUUUGCAGAUGCACCCGAGUCAUGCCCUCUUUCACCUGCUGCCCCAGUAUUCUCCGCUCCCACAAGGCAGUCCAAGAAGCUGAGUCGACAGAAUCGGCCCCUGGCUGUCUACAAUCCACAAGCUCUAGAUAUACAGAAUGCGUCGACUGUGGGAGAUAGUUCCAGCCUGACUACAGAUGAGACAUCAAUGGGCAGCAAUGAGUCUGUAUCGUCCCAGUCGUCGUCAGCUUCGGCCUCAGAGAUGUCUACAGAGAGGAGUGACCAUGCCCCACUUAGCACCAGCCUCAGCUCGGGCAGCAACUCAAAGGCCUCUGCAGCAGGAGUCUCCUGGUCCACUUCUGGAGUGCCAGGAGAAAACCAACCUGCUGCCACCACAGCUGCUUCUGAAAAAGAAAAGCCAGAGGAGAGUGUCACCAGCAGGAAAGCCAAGGCAGUGUACCCAUGUGAGGCUGAGCACGACUCUGAGCUCUCCUUCCAGGUCGGUGCAAUAUUCAACGCCGUGACCCAGUCGAGAGAGCCGGGCUGGCUGGAGGGCGAGCUGGAGGGAAAGAGGGGCCUAAUCCCUGAAAACUACGUGGAGAUGCUGUAGCCCACGAACGGAAAUAUUUAUGGACACGUUUUCACCUUCACGAGGAAAAUCUACAAAGAUGCAUGUGCCUCAACUCUGAUGUUGACAGUCAAGCCUUGUUUAUCCAAAUCUCUGAAUUCAAUGAUGAUACGUUAUUACUGGUGGACUAUUCUUGAUACACAAGUAUACGCAUGUUUGGCUGGCAAGUAGGCUUUUUUGCGAUGCAUGUGCAAGCAUGUCUCUUAGCUUGAAUUUACUUUGGUUUGAGAAAUCCACAUGAAUCUCAGCGUCGUAAUUACAAAAAUGGGUUUUGCACUUAAAAUAUUCUGCUGUAUACAAAGAUGCUGUAGCCUCUAAACAUCCAGGUAACUUUGUUAGCAGCAACCAAAGAGCGAGCGUCUCUCCUGAAGGCCUCACUCUCUCCCCUCCAACUUAUACAUGGUAUCCAUGAGUUCCCCAAGUCAAAGAACGAUCCUCAGAAACUGUGAGGAUUAAGGAAUGUCAGAACUCAAAUCACUGUAAUCCGUUUUUUUUAAAGAUGUUUUACACCAAAUCCAACAACUUUGACCCUCUUGUUUCUCAGCUUAUAAAAGAUCAGAGAUACUCUACCUACCGUGCCUUAACCAUCAGAACAUCCGGUGUAAAUGUAUGUCUGUGUAUGUAUGAAAAUGAUUCGGUGUGUUAUUGCGUUUUGAUCCUGUCAUCUUAAGAAUAUUUGGAUGUUCAAAAUGAGGCACAUCACUAUUGUAAUUUUAUUUUUAUUUAAUUGGCACAUUGAUUGCAUGACUUUUUGAAUUUUAAACACGCUCUGUACUGUUUUUUUUGUUCUCAGUGCACUCCUUCACAGAAACACAGUGAAACGCCUCUUUGAUGCUUAAUGGACCUCUCGUGUUAAACACUAGCAUCGCAGAGUCAGCAGAGGUAAAUUUAAGUAGGCGAUGAUUGAAACCAAGUGUCAUUUUUCCUGUUUUGUUUGUUUUUAAAUCUUGUGUUUGAACAUUGCUCAGUUUUCCUCCGAGCAGAGAAACGAGACACUCCCAGAAAGUUGAAAUUUCAGCUUAUCAUUAUUUUUAUCUUCAGCUUCAGUGGAAUUAAGUGAUUAGAAAAUCCAAGUUUUAUCAUCAUUAAGGGUGCAAAAUGCAGUAUUUGAAAGUUUUACAUUUGUUCAGUGUAUAUAACCUAAUUAUUAUUCAAAGAGUUAUGACUGCCAAGUAUGUUUUUACGUGUCUCUGUUAAGUGAUGGACAGGUUUUAAGUUUUCAUUUGGUUUGGUUUUAGCAUGUACUGUACACAUGUCCCACUACAGUUCAUCCCUCAGCUGUUCAAUGAGACACUUUAAUUUGUCUGAGAGCUUCGGUUCAGAAGACCGUGUUUUCAGUUGCAAUAAUUUAAGACAUUGAUUUAUGACAUUUGUAAAGGGCCUCGAUUUCUUCUUUUUAUACCUUUGGGUAUCCUUUUGAUCAAUGUUAAACAAAUAAAGAUUUUGUUCUUUACUGUAUUAUGUAUUCUUGUCAUAAAAUAAAUGAGAGAAAUGAUCACUUUAAAAUGAA